AUGAUUAGUAGUAGUAGUGUGAGUAGUAGUAGUAGUAGUAGUAUUAGUGUGAGUAGUAGUAGCAGUAGUAGUAGUAGUAGUAGUAGUGUGAGUAGUAGUAGUGUGAGUAGUAGUAGUAGUGUGAGUAGUAGUAGUAGUAGUAGUGUGAGUAGUAGUAGUAGUAGUAGUAGUAGUAGUCAGAGUAGUAGUAGUAGUAGUAGUAGUAGUAGUAGUAGUAGUAGUAGUAGUAGUAGUAGUAGUAGUAGUAGUCAGAGUAGUAGUAGUAGUAGUAGUAGUAGUAGUAGUAGUCAGAGUAGUAGUAGUAGUAGUAGUAGUAGUAGUAGUAGUAGUAGUAGUAGUAGUCAGAGUAGUAGUAGUAGUAGUAGUAGUAGUAGUAGUAGUAGUAGUCAGAGUAGUAGUAGUAGUAGUAGUAGUAGUAGUAGUAGUAGUAGUAGUAGUAGUAGUAGUAGUAGUAGUAGUAGUAGUAGUAGUAGUAGUAUUGUGAGUAGUAGUAGUAGUAAUAGAUUAAGAAAGAAGGCAGAACAUUUCAAAACAUAUUUCACAUUCAAUUUUUGUCAACAAACAGAUGGUUAUGAAAAUUAA